AUGAAGGGCCUGGUUUUAGGGAAAUGCGGCCCUCCGCCACAUGCCCUGCCCAGGCCGUACGGGGAGAGUAGAAGAGCUGUGUCCAAGCCUGAGUCACACCCCGGAACACGUGGUGGUGAGGGGGACAGCGGCACUCAGCACAACAGUAUUGAAAACGUCCUCAUGACCUACUCCGGCACAGACACCGCUGCUGGAAGAGAAGCCUCACCAACAGUGAAUUCUGGUGAAAAUUCUCGCUGCCUGCGUCACGUCCCUGAUGCAAGCAGGGCCGGGGAGAAACACCUUGCUGCCACUAGGGGGUGCAGAAGUACGUGGUCCCCUCGUGGCAUCCGCCGACACUUUGGGGAGGGCUCAGUCAACCUGGAGCCAUCCAAGUUCCCGGUGCAGCGGGGCUCCCUGAGCCUCCUGAGGCAGAAAUGGGAAACCGGUGAUCACCAGAAGGUGGGGUGCUCUCCCGGGGGCAGUCACUGCAGGCUCUUCCAGCCUCAAAAGAGCCGAUUGCUUGAACCUGGAGAGGCAGUGUCAGCACCGGGACCUCCAGGUCCUCCAAGUCAGCCCUGCAGCGCAGGAGCGAUGCUGAACUCAGAACCCCAGGAGAUGAGUCCUCAGCACAAGGGCGAGAACCCCAGGGAACAUGGCCGGCCUGAAGUGCUGAAGGAGGAUCCCUUGAGAGGUCCGCGCAGGAUCGAACGCUUCUCCAUUGCUCUUGAUAAGCUGAGGAGUGUGUUUGAGGCUCCUAGGAGUGGAAACAGCCCAGCUGGACCAGCUGAGUACGGCCGAAAGGUAAGAAGCCAUUGAUUGAGGGUCUCCAUUUACAGUUGACAAGCUGAGUGGUUGCUAGUCUACCAUUUAUUUCUAAGCAUGUAAUGUUUUUUUCCCCUUUCCUGUACUCU